AUGUCGUUCUCGUUUAGAGUGCGUUCAUAAUUAUUUCGGCUAUUCGUUAAAUCCAAUACGAAUGACACUUGUUUUCUUGUCAUUAUCUUGUCAUUUGAUUGUUGUUUUCUUUCGUUGUUCUCCACCGCACUCAGCUGCAAUUCAUUCUUAGCACAAAUCCGCUACAAUGUGUAAUUCUAUUGUUAAUCUUUGUGCGUUUUAGAUUUAUUUCGUUCUUCUCUCAUGUGCAUGUUGUUCAAACUAUUGAGACGUUCAUAUUAGAUAAGUUAAUAAUAAGUGAAAUAAAUGCCGGCUAUUUGGAUGUUCAUGCAAUUGUGAACAACAACAUUUACCGUACAGUAUAAUUAUUUCAAACAGUUUAUAUUAAUGUGCUUAUGCUUGCAAAAAAAAAAUUAACUUCCGAUAAAACACACGCACAAAGUCAGUGAAGAAGUCAGUACGAACGUUCUGGAGAGAAGAAAGUGAAAAUUGAUGCAACAUGGAGACACAGGUGGAAGAUUUCAACUGGAAUCUCCGUCUGUUCCUCGAUGUUUUGGGUUCUUACCAAACAAAAGUAAAUAAGGCAAAUCCAGCCACACUUGAAUUGCUUGAAAAAACAUUGGAUUCGAUUAGCGAUCUUAUUGGAAAUGUAGAAGAAGUCACUUCAGCUGGCCAAGGUGAUGCAAUUGUAUGCUCAUUUGAUGAAACCAACUUCGAGGUUAAGCGGACCAUCUUUUGUCGGAUUUGCAAAGUUGACAUUGCUGCAUCACGCCUCAGUUAUUUGCUUCAUUGUGCUGAUCCGAAGCACAAUACCAAUCUGAUCGAUAGACGGUCGACACAAGGUAGCGCUCUGGAUCAAAAUGGUGUAUUCGAUUCGAAUAACAACAGCAAAGGUGAUCAUGUGGAUUUGGGGGCCAAGAAAAAUAACGCACCAAUCCAACAUCAAAGCUACCAUCAGAAACCAUUACAAAGCACCAAAGAAGCGAACAACUCAGCAUACAUUAACAGCAUGGCAGAUCUAAUCGCCAGUCUAGAUGCUCGGAAAAAAUCGGAUGUUGUCAAAACCAGUGGUUUGAAAGAAAACAAUGGCAAUAACAAUGGCAUUCGCUCCGACAAAGUCGUUGUUCCUACGGUGAUUCCGAAUGUGUUUGACGACAACAUUUACGAUUUCAUUGAAUUGAUCGGCAAGCAAGGUGAUCCGACAAAAGUCAAUGGACCAUCACGGGUUAAUGUGCCACAGAAAGAAAAUGAGCCACCGAAGGCAAGUUCAAUCAACUCAAAAUAUGGCUUCAACAAAGGUGAUCCGGCCAAUAAAAUACCAUCGGAAUCAGAUCACCCAAGCGCAAUGCGGCCAAAUUCGUUGCUAUCCUGGCGAGAACGAUCGUUGAAUGAAUCUGCUCCAUCAGCUUGGCGCGCAAAGAAUGAUGGAUCUGAUGCUGCCACAGUUGUCACAUCAACACCUGUAACGGACGCUGUACCGGUUGCUACUGCUCCAAAACCAGCCACCAUCGCAAAAGUCUUCCCAACUCCAGUGACUAAAAGUAUCAUUCAAAAUGGUGCAGUUCUAUCCGGUGCUGGUGUUAAGCCGUGUGCCACGUACGAGUUGAACAAUCUGUACAUCAAAUUCCCACAUUUGAACCCAAACAAAGUGGCCAAUCCACUGAAACCAGUUCCAUUGAAGGAUGUAAAGCGUCCGGCAGCUACGAACAAGGAUGGAAAGACACAAAAAAUUGACGAUCCAAAAUUGAAGGACUUUUUUGAUAAAGUCAAUAAGGAACACGCUAAAAAGUCUCAGCAACAAUUGAAUUCGACGCAAUUGAAGAAAUCUGAAUUGACAAACAGUUUGAUGUCAUUGCCAGUUUUUGCCAACAACAAUACAACGGGUGAACAUCAGGCGAUGAAUCGCAUGCCUCCACGCUCGGCUUCGUCAUUCAACUUGACCGGUAUUACGAGAAUCGAGGGUUCCAAUCCACAAAAGGGCAGUCGCAAAUCAUCGCCACAGGUGAAUGGCCAAAAUGGAAACAACCGAAAUCAAAAUGCAAAUGCAAAGAUCAAAGGUUCUCAAGGUCAAAAUGGUUCAUCGCCGUCCUCAACUCCUAACGAUCCGAAGAGCAAAGGUGCCAUCCCAAAGCAAAAAAAUACACCACAAGCAUCAGCAUCUAAUCAGAAGUCGACCAACGAUUCAUCGAAGUCAAAUCAAAACUCUCAGAAGAAGGACGUCACAAGUAAACCUGCAAAACCGAACGAAAUGAGUGCUGUACCAAAGGAUCCGGCUCCUGUAGUCAACCACGAGCAACUGAAACGAUUUUUCUCGGGGGAUCUAUCAGCACUGAUAAGUUUGAUGGUAAGUCUCAACAUGCGCCGAGAUAAAACCGCAACUCAACAGAAAAUCACUGAGUCGAUCCAAGUCGCGCUCAAACCUAGAUACGAAACGGUGAAUUGCCAUAUGAUCGGAUCGCAUGUUUAUAACAUAGCCAAAGGUGGCCUGGCUACGUUGGAUGUUUACCUUGAUUUGCACAAAAGUUUCAAUACGGAUAAAUCGGGUCAAGUAUUCGUGAAUGGAAUGAAUGACACCCUGAAAUUUUUGUCAAAUAGUGGCGAAUGGUCUGAUGCAAAAUGCUCCGAACAAACUCGAUACGGCAUUUUAUCAGCAACUCAUACAGCCACAAGUCUCAAGUGCAACUUUUCAUUCGGUACGGGCGUCGGAGUGCGAAACACUGAUGUCAUCAAUAGCCUAUUCACUGCACAACCAGUCGCUCGUCAGAUGGUGAUUUCUGUUCGAUUGGCUCUGCAAGAAGGAUCAAAUGGUGAUUGGGCAAAACUGUUCGGCGGUUACAUUGUGACACUGUUGGUGAUUUUCUACUUGCAAAUCGCUGGAAAGCUGCCAUCGGUAUUGAGCUUACAAAGCGAUUCAAGUCUUGAGCCAGCAAAAUGUGGAGAAAAUCUGGUUCACUUCGCAAAUCCAACGAAUGUCACAAUUUGCAAGGACCGUGUACGCGAUUUGCUUAUCGGUUUCUUUGAUUACUAUGCAAAUUUUGACUUUUUCAACAAAAUCAUCAGUCCAUUCGAGGGCCGAGAGAUCAAUCAAAAUUUCCGCAAUUGCCCGGUUGACUCUCUUUCGCGCUCGAUGCGUCGUUUCAAAAGUUUGAUCGACACCGAGCCACAUCGUUGGACCAACAAUCGGAUGUGCAUUCAGGACAUCUUUGAGCACAAACGGAACGUUUCCCAGGCCAUUCAUACAAAGGAAGUGAAAGCAUUUGCAGAUUUUUGCAGUAAGGCACUGUUUGCCAUUCGAGAGGCUGGAAAUGCCGUCAAAUACUAGAUGCUCUAUAUUAUUAUGCCUUACAUUUUUCAUAAACUUUAUUCCGAGCACGAUGUAUCGAAUGGAGUUUAUAGAAUCGACUUUGUACUUGAGAUGUCAAUACUUUAGUCGUGAUUUAUGCUAUAUUUUAUUAUUCAAUCUCGACAUGGUUUUAGCUAGUAAGUCGAAGAAAAGUAUGAUUGCCUUCAAAAUGUUUGGGCGAAUCUGAUAUUCAAAACUCCAAGCAGUGCCAACAUAUGAAUAAAUCGAAUAGCUGUAAAUUUAUCAUGAAAUAAAAUCUAAGAAAUAUUUUCCAUUAAA